GAGUUUCUGAACGUCAUUGCAUUUAUUUACACCCAUGAGCUGCUGAACAUCAGUAACUGCAAAUAAGCUCCGUUGACUGCGUCCACUUUCAGUCUGAUCACGUCAUCUGAUGAUGCAUAAUGAGAGUCUAGUCCCGCAUUUCCUGACUCAGAACAAUCGCGGCCGUAUUGUUUCAGCUCAAGCUUCGAUGUUUUCGCAACCUCAGCGCGUGCACGACCAGGCGUCUUUUUGCUGGCAGUUGCACCUUUGAAGCCUGUUUCCUGCUUAGAGGUGAAGAACAAUAAAUAGAGUCAAGGUGUCCGUCAAGCGUUAGGGAGCCUGAAGGAAGUAGGAGGCGCGAGCUGCGACCCAGCUGUUAGUUCCUACUGCUCCUCUCACUGAACGGACCAUGAGGAACCUAGUGAGCAUCCUCAUCCUCACUCAGCUCUAUGAAGCCUGUGCGGACGUGGCCUUCGUGCAUCUGUCUCGGAACCAGACCCUGGAGCUGACCUGCUCGCCCCAGCGGGACCUGGGCGGCCUCACGGCCUUCAGCCUGCUCCACCGCGGCGCCCGGGGCCAGACCACCGUGCUGGCGAUGGCCGAGGGCGGCGAGCUGCGGGUGAACCCGGAGCACCGGGGGCGCGUGCGGCUCCGCGGGGGUCUGGCCUCGCCGCGGCUCAACGUCAGCAUCGCCCGCGUGGAGCGCGGCGACGCGGGGCUCUACGCGUGGGAGCUGAGCUACGGCGGCGGCGGCGGCGGCGGCUCCGCGGACGUUGCCGGCGCUCACCGGGCCUUCCUGGUGGUGGACGCGGCAGGAGGCGCGUGCCACUGCUCCCAUCGCUACCUGCCCGUGACCGCGAGCCUCUUCACGGCAGCGGGGCUCCUCCUCGUCGCUCUCAGCUGGAUGCUCGUACAGACGUGUAAGGUGAAGCGUCGGCCCAGGCCUCCGCAUCCCCCCCCCAUCUACGAGGAAAUGAGCAGGAAGCAGCAGAGGGCAGGAACCCCCCAAAAUAACUACGAGGCCCCAGCACAUCUGGAGGAAGUGCACUUCCCCGUGUACGCCAACCCCAGCAUCCAGCAGCCCCAGGACGAGUACUACGCCUCCCCCCGGCAGCUCGCCGUCAGGGCCUGAACCGCGCAGGAAGUGACCUCAACAGCGUGAUGUCGCCCGGCGAGUGAACAGCAAAGGAUCCCACGCUUUUGUAACAGCCAAGAAAAAAAUGCUAUUUUAUUAAUGUUUGAAAGAAGCUCCAUAGUUCAUGAAAACAUUUGUUUCGGUGCAUGUCAUUUAACAAUCACAUUCUAUGAGGAGAAAGAGAUAUACAGAGAGAAAAAAUAAAACAUUACAAGCCACUGACUUCUCAUUAAAUCUCAGUACAGACAUUUUACUUAAUAGUUCAAAAACAAAAGGCAAAAAAAAAGAAAAAAGCAGCCCUAAUAUCAUAUUCCCCAUCCCACACGCCGAAAAACAAACAGGAAACGAUAACAACUGAGAGAGAACAACCCUUGAGGGCGACAGGCUAGAAUCCCACAGUGCUAGAGUGAGACGCUCAUUGGUUUCAGGAAUACACAGCAUGGCGAUGCAACGCUAGGUCAGUCUGAACCCGGGGGCGGAGGCUGGAGGUGGAGGGCUGAGCAUCCAUCGCCCCUCCGCCUCCGCCGCCGCCCCCACAAAAACCAACGCAAAAACAAAAACCACAUUGUAUCCCCUGCAUUGGAUCAGCCACUGAGGACGCAGCGGGCCACAAAGUCCCCGCCUCCGCCUCCCACCCCAAAACACUUGUGCAUAGUUACAUGAUCGUUUCGUGAUCCUUUACAACCAGCUCAUUUACAAACAUCCUCGAAAAUGUGAAAAAUGUUCCACAAAAGUCUGAUUUAUCUAUUUAAUAAUACCCGCUGUGGGAGAAUGAGAGAGAGAGAGAGAGAGCGAGAGCAAGAGAGAGAGGAAAGAAAGAGUAAUGCACAAUGUUCCUGAUUCAGUCAGGACGGGACCUCAUUAAGAAAACACAAGAAAGAUUGAAACAUACAGCAUUUUGCAUGUUAUUCACUGUAUUUUUUUAAACAAUCAAAAUCAUUGACCAUUUUUUUGUUUUUUUUUUAAAUUGUAAAGCAAUUUUAAUAUAUAGAUUUAUAUAUAAAGCACUCCAUUUUCAUUUAAAGUCCAUUAUUUGGUUAUUAUGUAACUGCUACGGAUUUAGAAACAAAGGUAUUUUCUCUUCUUCUGAAAUCCAUAACUUCAGUGCUUAGAGUCGUUUCUUUUAAAUCAUCCUUUUUUUUCUGUACUCGUCAUAAAAAUGUACAUAAAUGGCGUGGAGUUGGAACUCUGGAACCCUGGCCUUCCUGAGACAAGAUCCACUUUUUCGUGUGUGUGCAAGAUAGUGAGCAAUUACAUCUUUUUUUUCUAUAUAAAAGGAAAAUCUAUAUAAUCAACAUAAAACAUACAGGCUUUAGAUAAUCCAUGAAAUCAACAUUAACACAGAACAAUGAAAGUUAAACACAAGACAACACUGUUCAAUCCCAGAGUUCUGAAAGUAGCACAAUAAAUCUUCAUUCUGUGAAGUGUUAUGUUGCACUUUUUUUUAAAAAAAUGGAAGCAUGUGUCCUUAAUCGUUCACUUUUCCAACAUUCCCAUGGUUUAAUUCCUUUGUGUUGCUGAUUUUGCUUUGAACUCCAGGAAACAAAAAAGAGUUUGUAAACCGUCAGUGGCCUUGCAGGAGAAACGUAACAUGAGUGAAUUGAACACGUUGAAACAGAACAAAAGCUAACAAACCAAAAAGGUAGGCACCUCUGAAGUGAGCCCUAGAAGCCAAGGCUCAGUCUGAUGUCUCGUCCUUCACUCUCUCCGUUGCUCAGAUUCUGGAGAGCUGAAGUCCUUCUACCCCAAUCUAUGGCCACAGGUCUGCAAAAUACUUUUUUUGUUGCAUUUUUUGUCCAUAUGUGAUUUUUUUUUCAGUUUUAUAAUGUUUUUUUUUUAGGUUUAUAGUCUGAAAAAUGGUGCAAUACUUAAUUAUAAUCCAUACUUUCUUGGAUUAUUUCACAAUGAAAGCCACUAAGGUAGAUAAACAUUACAUUUUUAAAAACACACUUAUUUUAGUCCUUGAGUAAACAUUUACACAUGAACUGUCCCUGUCUCCCCUCGGUACUUGUAUCACGUUGUUCAUUUAGCUGGAUGAGGGGUGAGGCCGACACUCAGUGCAACGCUAGAGGCUAGUAACAAUUAACAUCAGAACAAAGUUUUGUCAAGCAAAAAAAAAAAAAAGGAAAAAAGAAA